AUGAGCAACCUCAUCUCAUCUGUCGCUUGGGUGCGGAGAGGAGUUUCUGCUCAACACCCAACAAAAUAUAUUCUCGAUGAUCAAGAACUCGAGCGUGUCAGUGCUCUGGCCAGAAUUGAGCUUGAGGAUGCUCGCAUUGAACUCGAACGCGCCCACUUGGCUGCACUAUCUAUGGGGAAAGGAGCGGAGGGUGACGAAGCAGAUGAUGUCGUCGACGAUGACGAUGAGGCAAACUGGUGGCCGAUUGAUCGGCACGAAGAUGGUGAUGCUAUGGACGUAGACUCUGGUCCUACAAAACCGAAACCAAAAACCGACGAUCUAUCAGAAUAUAAUUUGGAUGACUAUGACGAUGAUGCGAAAACGACUGCUGUUGGACCAUUCAGUAACAUCAAAGGUCUCACAUAUUACCGGGAUAAUGAAGAGGACCCUUAUAUCACACUCAAAGAUGAAGAUAACGACGAAAGGGAAGAGCUAGAGGUGCUUCCAACGGAUAACCUCCUCGUGGUCGCAAAAACCGAAGAUGAAAUCUCUCAACUAGAAAUUUACGUGUACGACGAGUCAGAGGAAAAUCUCUACGUCCACCACGAUCUCAUGCUGCCGAAUUUCCCUCUUUGCCUUGAAUGGCUCGAUUUUCCUCCGGCUUCCUCAUCUUCCAAUUCAAUACCAGGGCCCAACAACCCAGACAAACCAGGCUUCGGAAACUACAUCGCUGUUGGCACACUCGAUCCUGAAAUCGAAAUCUGGUCUCUCGACGUCCUAGACGCCAUGUACCCCACCUCCAUUCUCGGUCGACCAGACCAAACAAAGGCGCAUGUCCCCACACCACUAGGGACGGGAAAGAAAAGGCGUAAAAAGGCAAAGCAUCGUUCCGUGGAAACUGGGUACCACGUCGAUGCCGUUCUCGGCCUGAGUUGGAACAAGAUUCAACGCAACCUUUUAGCGAGUGCCAGUGCGGAUCGCACGGUUAAACUGUGGGAUCUCACACGAGAUCCCACCAUCAAUGGAGGUGGGGAGGGUGGUGGUGGUGCGAUUCGAAGUUUCGAUGUGCACAAAGACAAAGUGCAAGCCGUGCAGUGGAAUGCGCAAGAUCCGACUGUCCUGCUGACAGGAAGUUACGAUAGAACCAUACGCACCUUUGAUUCUAGAGCACCUGGAAGUGGUGUUGGCGCGAUAGUAGGAAGCGAUGUGGAGGCAUUGAAGUGGGAUCCUUGGGAAUCGCACGGAUUUUAUGCGUCUCUUGAAAAUGGACUUGUCCUAAAUUUCGACGCCCGCGCUCUUCCCUCAAACCUUGACAAUCCUUCACCCGCACGCUUUACUUUAUCGGCGCACGAUGGAGCGGCUUCAGCCAUCGAUGUCAAUCCUCACAUAAAAGGCUGCAUAGUCACAGGCGGAAUGGACAAGCUCGUCAAAGUGUGGAACAUCAACGAUGAAGACGGUGGCAAAAGAACGGUCAGCCUCGUUACAUCGCGAGAUCUUGGAGUUGGAAAAGUAUUCUCUACAGUAUUCUCUCCUGACCAUCCGCUGACCGUAGCGGCCGCUGGUUCCAAAGCGAAACUGCAGAUCUGGGAUGUUGGUGCUAAUUUCGGGACACGAAAAGCAUUUGCCUCAAAACUUCGAGAAGCUGGCCGGGUGCUCAAGGAGAAGGAGGCUAGUCAAGGAGGGGUCAUCGGAGUGGUUAGCGAUAACGAAGAGAGUGGAGAUGAGGCGGAAGAGUAG